GUUUUAAAAAGACGCGCUGAUUCCUCCGAUUGACCGGCGGAUUCUCCAUUACUGUUUUUUUUCCCAUCAUUGCUCAACUCACAUCUCUUUGCGUGUGUACAAGCGAGAAGAAGCUAUAUGCAUCGAUCAACAAAAAACAAAAAUGGUGUGCGAAUGUUUUGCUAUUGUUUACGUUAGUUUGAGGAUAAACGUGUUUUCCUAUACUAUACUGUUCUAUAAGAAUGUCUGAUCGGCAGUCUCAGGGUCGUGCCCGGGCGCGCGGGUACACUGCAGUGAAUUUAUCUCAUGAAAGUCGCGAAGGACGCGGACAGCCGUUGGUUCGUGGCAGCGGUGUUGGUGUUUCUGAACAUGGACCAAGACCAUCUUUUAACCAUCCUGGAAGUGGCGAAGGACGUGCUUUAGUCCACCGUGAUCAAUCAGCAGGGCGCGGAGCAAGUUCUAGUGGUGGUAAUGGUAACGGUAAUGGCAACGGCAGCAGUGGAGCCGGUACAAGUCGGGGAGCUAUGCGAGGUCGUCGUAACAUCGGGGAUACGCUUCGUACCCGUGCCUUGGAUGCGCCAUCGAAGCAUGGUACAACUGGACAACCACUCCAAUUGCACAGUAAUUAUUUCAAACUGCUGAAGCAUAUUGAAUGGACCCUUUAUCAGUACCGUGUGGAUAUUUCGCCACAAUGUGCCAGUUCAAGGCUUUUGCAAGGAUUGGUAAACGAACACAAGAAAAUCUUCGGGGGCUUUUUGUUCGAUGGCACACAAUUGUUUAUGGUGAACAAAUUGAGGAGCGACCAACUCACCCUCCAGUCACGGCACGAACGCACAGGGGACGUCUAUCAGUUGCGCAUUGUCCAUACCGGUACAGUAGACAUGACGAAUGAGACUGGUAUUCAAGUGUUGAAUUUGAUUCUCCGACGCGCUAUGGCUGGCUUGAAUCUGCAGCUGGUGGGAAGGAAUUUGUUCGACGCGGCUGCUAAAAUCGCCAUUCGCGAGUAUCAAAUUGAGUUGUGGCCAGGGUAUAUUACCAGUAUUCGUCAACACGAGCAAGAUAUUCUGGUGUGCUGCGAAGUGGCACACAAAACUAUGCGUAUGCAAACCUGUUAUGACAUUUUGCGUGAUUGCCAGAAACAUGAUCGCAACUACAAGGAUUCAUUCAAACGGGCUGUGCUCGGAGUUGUUGUACUUACUGGAUAUAACAAUAAAACUUACACGAUUAAUGAUGUCACCUUUGAGACGACUCCAGAAAGCACAUUCGACACUAAGGCCGGUAAAACAUCCUUUAUGGAUUACUACAAAUCAAAGUACAAUAUUCGCAUUAGAGAUCCACAUCAGCCUAUGCUUUUGUCGAGAGCCAAAAAGCGAGAUUUGCGAGCGGGAGGAAGUGAGCUGAUGGCAUUGGUGCCGGAACUUUGUCAAAUGACCGGUCUCACAGAUCAGAUGAGAUCUGAUUUUAGAAUGAUGCGUGCCAUGGCUGAUCACACCCGUCUGAAUCCCGAUCGGCGUAUCGAACGUUUGGAAACAUUCAAUAAACGUCUGCAGACAUCACCUGAAAGUUGUGAAGUAUUUAAGACCUGGCAGAUGGAGUUGGACAGACGUCUGGUAGAAUUGCCCGGAAGAUUGCUACCACAGGAAAUGAUAUUUUUCUCCACCACUGCAAAUGGUGUACAGGCAGGCGAGCAGGCUGAUUGGACCGCUCAUUUCCGUAACAAUCCUAUGUUCGCCACAGUCCGUUUGACUCGCUGGUAUCUCAUCGUGCCGAAUCGGGCAUCUCGUGAAGCGCGAGAUUUCCUUAGCUGUAUGGUACAGGCCGCCCGCGGUAUGCGCUUUGAAAUCGCUAAUUGUGAAGUAGUAUGCAUUCCUGACGACAAUCCUGGCACUUACGUGCGUACGUUGGACAAUAUCCUGAACAAGGAUCCUCAGCUUAUUAUGUGCGUCGUAUCUAACAAUAAGGCAGAUCGAUACACUGCUAUCAAAAAGAAGUGCUGCGUAGACCGAGCAAUUCCUACACAGGUGAUGGUUCAGAAAACUAUCACACCGAAGGGUGGAAACGUUCGAACGCUCAUGUCAGUCGCUACAAAGGUUGUCAUCCAGAUGAAUUGCAAGCUCGGCGGCGUUCCGUGGAAAGUUAAGAUUCCUUUGAAUGGUUUGAUGACAAUCGGUUUCGAUGUGUGUCACGACGCGAAGGAUAAGUCCAAAUCGUUUGGAGCUAUGGUCGCUACUUUGGAUCACGACAACAAGGGAACCCCCAAAUUCUUUUCCACCGUUAGCCAGCACACUCAUGGUGAAGAAAUUUCCAAUUAUCUACCUAUCAACACCGUAAAAGCGCUGAAUGAGUAUCGCAAGGAAUUCGGUGAAUUACCCAAGCGUAUUAUUUUCUACCGUGAUGGUGUUGGUGAAGGUCAGCUGCACUAUGUAUAUGAACACGAGGUCAAAUCCAUUGUUGAUAAGUUGAAUCAAAUAUACAAAUCGGCCGGCGUGGACCAGGAUGUACUGCUUACGUUCUUUAUUGUCAACAAAAGAAUCAACACGCGUUUCUUUGAUCACCGACAAAAUCCCAAACCUGGCACCGUUGUUGAUGACAUCGUCACACUUCCCGAAAGAACCGACUUCUAUUUGGUUUCCCAAUCAGUACGACAAGGUACGGUUUCACCGACCGCUUAUAAUGUAAUCUACGACACGUCCGGACUUAAGAUCGACCAUCUGCAAAUGUUAUCGUACAAGCAGUGUCAUUUGUACUACAAUUGGUCAGGAACGACACGCGUCCCCGCGGUGUGUCAGUAUGCACACAAGCUGUCGUUCUUGGUGGCGCAAUUCUUGCACCAAGCGCCGAGCAAUCUGCUCGAGAAGAAACUGUAUUUCUUGUAGGUUGUCCGUUUUUAUGAGUGCGCGAGAGGAAUCAUGAAGUCAUUUUACUUAGAGACCGUGUGUAACCGCUUAGGGUUACGUGUUCUGAAAUCUUUUUUUAGUUUUUGAUCUUGUGGAUCACAUCAAUUUGUUUUUGUUCUUUCCUUUUCCUAUCAUCUGUUAUCUACACGAGAGGUUGUUUUAGAACCUUGAUUACAAAUUUAAAACAGUCCGAAGUGGUUGUUAAAGUUUUGACAACAAAGGAAAAAAUAUGACUUAUUUUGUAUAACUUUCAGCUUCUUAUUCGACUCUAAAGAAAUCCCCACUUUCAGUCACAUUUGCACUAAUGAUUGCUUCAUGCGUACCUCAAAGACAAUGUUUAUAUAUCACAAAAUGUAA